UCCUGAACCAUCUCACUGUCCGGUUUCUUUAUCGCUGAAUCUAUGCUGCGGUUGUCUUCAGUGUUUCUAUAGCAUAAUUCUGAUAUUUAUGAGUUACCAUGACCACCACAACACCAGCCGUGGUCACGGAACCUCCUGGAUUAGAAACCCAACGCAAAGAAAUCGAGUCUCUUCUUCAGGAACAUGAACUUCGCUCCGGGGACAGUUGGUACCUGGUGGAGACGCGCUGGUAUGAGCAGUGGAAGGAGUAUGUGGAGACUGGAGACCAGAACUCCUCCUCCUUCCCUGGACAGAUUGAUAACACAGAGCUAUUUGAGGAUCAGGACUCGUACCACCUGAAGGAACGUCUGGUGGAAAACGAGGACUUUGUAUUGGUCCCUGCUGAGGCCUGGCACAAGCUGCUGACCUGGUACGGCCUAGUAGACGAGCAGCCUCCUCUGGAACGCAAGGUUGUAGAUCUUCCCAGCACUCUGAAGGUGGAGGUGUACCCUGUCGAGAUCUUCCUGUGUCUCCAUAGCAACAUGGAGAAUGUCAUCACGGCCCAGUUCAGCCGUGCAGACCACAUACACACCAUCCAGAAGAAGAUGCAACAUCAGUUUGAGGUAGCAGAGGGGGCGGAGACCCGGCUGUGGAUGAAGAGUUCCGACACCAGCUGUGAGAGGCUCAGGAACGUGCAUGUGAGCGUGCUGGACUCCUGCCUCAGCUCUAACAUGACGGUGAUAAUGGAGAUGAGGAAUGCGGAUGGGACCUGGCCUAGUUCCAGACCCCAGAUCAUGAGGAACUCUGUGGAGGAGCAGGAUUCCUACCGGGGCCAGCCAGGGGUGUGUGGUCUCACUAACCUUGGAAACACCUGCUUCAUGAACUCUGCCCUGCAGUGCCUGAGCAACACUCCUCCCCUGACGGAGUACUUCCUGCUGAGCUCCUACCUGGAGGAGCUGAACUUCACCAACCCUCUGGGUAUGAAGGGGGAGAUAGCCGAGGCCUACGCUGACGUCAUCAAGCAGAUGUGGUCUGGCCGACACUACUCUGUGGUGCCGCGUAUCUUCAAGACCAAAGUAGGCCACUUUGCGUCCCAGUUCCUUGGCUACCAGCAGCAUGACUCUCAGGAGCUGCUCUCCUUCCUGUUGGACGGCCUACACGAGGACUUGAACCGCGUCAAAAACAAGGAGUACAUCGAGCUGAGGGAUGCAGACGGGAGGCCAGACCAGGAAGUAGCAGAGGAGGCGUGGCGAAACCACCGGCGGCGGAACGACUCUGUGAUCGUGGACACGUUCCACGGCCUGUUCAAGUCCACGCUGGUGUGCCCCGAAUGCCACAAGGUGUCUGUGACCUUCGACCCCUUCUGCUACCUGAGUGUGCCGCUGCCCGUCAGCAAGGAUAGGGUCAUGGAGGUCUUCUUUGUCUCUUUGGACCCAGAGGCCAAGCCUGUCCAGCAUCGCCUCGUGGUGCCGAAGGCUGGUAAGGUGUCAGACCUGUGUUCCACCCUCUCCCAGAUGACCAAUGUCCCGGCCAAUCACAUGGUGGUAGCAGACGUGUUUAACCACCGCUUCUAUAAGAUCUACCACGCUGACGAGUCUCUCAGCUGCAUCCUGGACCGAGACGACAUCUUUGUGUAUGAGCUGAACAGCGGCUCGGUGGAAGAGGAUGGUGAGGAGGUGGUCCUGGCCCUCUACCUGCGGGAGAGAUCCCACUACCGGGACUACGGCUCAGGCAGCAGCAGCUACGGCACCUGCCUGUUCGGCCACCCCCUCCUCUUGGCAGUGCUGCGCAGUCAGUGCACCCGCGACGCCCUCUACCUCCUCUUCCUGCAGCGGCUGGCACGCUACGUGCGCCCCCCAGACCCCUCGGAGGAGGUGGAGGAAGAGGAUGAGGAGGGUGGAGAGGAGGAAGAUGAGGAAGAGGAGGAGGAGGAAUACAAGACCCAGACCAACGGCGUGAGCGACGAAGACGGUGAGGAGGACUUAGAGGCAGCAGGCCCCUCCCAGAGAGACCCAUGCUGUGAUGGUGGACAGGGCGACAUCCCAGCAGACAGCUCCACAACAAACCAGCCCCGCCCUGUCCCCAUCCCUCCUCAGCUUGACCACGCCCAUACAGAGCCAGCCAGUAGCGGGGCCGGGGCAGAAGACAACCACCCUGCCUCCUGCAGCGGCUCUACCAAUGCUAAUGCUAACAUCACCGCUAAUGCUAGCUUCAAUGCUGUCGCUAAAGCCUGUGGAAAUGGCAGUGAUGAUGCUAAUGCCACUGCAAACGAAAAUUCCAAUGUCUAUUCUGCAGACAAUGGUAAUGGUAGUGUCUACAACAGCACUACUACUAAUGCCAACUUUAAUGCUAGCGCUACAACCUUGAAUAAUAGCAGUUUGGGCGCUUGUGGUAAUGCUAACGCGGGUGCUGCAGCACUAGUAGACAACCUCCAGGGGGCAUCCCAGCAGCCCACUGAGACUUCAGAUGUUGAGGAGGCAGAAGAGAAGGAGGCGUGUCCUGGCGGGUCUAACCAGAGGCAAAAGAGGAAGACCUGCCAAUCCAAACGCAGGAAGCCGCUCUUCUCCAUCCAGGCGGUCAACUCCAAUGGCACCACGGAGAGAGGGAUGGGAGAGGGGGGCACAGCCUUCUCUUUUAGCUCCCAACCCUAUGUGGCUAUUGACUGGGACCCGGACAUGAAGAAGAAGUUUUAUAACGAGAAUGAGGCAGAGAAAUAUGUGAAGCACAGCAGUAUGGAGGUGUCCCAGCAGCAGACCAGGGUGCAGCUGCAGGAGUGCAUCGCCCUCUUCACCACUGUGGAGACCCUGGAGGAGGAGAACCCAUGGUACUGCCCCCAGUGUAAGAAGCACCAGCUGGCCACUAAGAAGCUGGAUCUGUGGUCGCUACCGGAGGUUCUCAUCAUCCACCUCAAGCGCUUCUCCUACACCAAGUACUCCCGAGAGAAGCUGGACAUCAUAGUCGACUUCCCCCUCAGACACCUGGACUUCUCUGGCAGUCUGCUGAGGAAGAGCCUGAGCCAUGGGGAGCCUCCCAGUUGCUACGACCUCAUUGCUGUGUCCAAUCACUAUGGAGGACUCAGAGAUGGACAUUACACCAGCUAUGCUAAGAACAAGGACAAUGGACAGUGGUACUACUUUGACGACAGCAAGGUGACUUACGCCCGGGAGGAACAGAUAGUGACCAACGCUGCCUACCUCCUGUUCUACCAGCGACAGGACAAGAUCCGCCAGCCCACCCUCCCCGCACCCACCGACGAUGGCGCCGCCUCCCCCACCCAGGCUGCUAAUGAUGUCACUUCCUCUAAGCAUGACAGCACGGACGGAGCCACGCCCUGUGUCACUAUGGAAACUGACUGAAGCUGAUUAUUUGGGGGGGGGGGGGGGGGCAGAGGUUAUCCGUUUUUUUCCCUUCCCUUCUUCAAGUUGCUGGGUCUUUUCGGUUUUUAUAUUGAUUUUUUGUUUUCGUUUCGCUUUUUCUAUUCCAAAAACACUUGAAGCCCUCUGCCUCUGCUUCUGAGAACCAAGAGAGAGAGAGGCUUAGUAGAUAGAUGGGUAAGAAAUAAAGAGAGGAAGAGAGAGAGAGGCUUAGUAGAUAGAUGGAGGAUGAAUAAAGAGAGAAAGAGAGGGAAGAGAGAGAGGCUUAGUAGAUAGAUAGGGGAGAGAGAGGCAGGGGCAAGUAUCUCAGGCUGAGGAGGAAGCGAGAGGGGGACGAUGUUCAUGCUUCUGUUUCUCAACACAUAAAUGCUGAUGGAGUGAAUUUGCGUAACUGUUGUGACAGAACCUGGUGUCGGAUGCUUGGCUAACAAUUUCAGAACAGCCUGUCAAGGCAGAUGGUAAAUUCCAGUCAUGUGAAGACAUACUAUACUGUAUAAGGCUAUUAGUGCUAAGACUAGCACAGACGGGACACAUUUAGAUGUAUGUACCUGUCACUUUAAACCUUUCUUCUUCCGUUACUUCACUGAUCUGUCAUGACUGGGUUGGUGACAGCUGUGAAGCACAUGUUUCCACACACCCAGACAUGAUUGAUCAGAGACUCUUACCUAAAGGAUUACCUAAAGUAAGGAAGUAAGGCAGCAUUUUUAGAUCAUUCAAAGAGGCCCUAGUUCGGCUGGAUCAGGACUUCUACAGGUCUCUGUGUGUCUAGAAUGCUAGAAUCAACAUUACCUUUUACCCCUGAUUUCACGUCACAGGUCCUGAAGUGUUAGUAGAUUGUAAUAAAGAGGUUGGUAUUAGCAGAAACCGAUGUAUCACCUGAAAAUUCAGUGCUGCAAUGUGCUUUAAACAGAAGGUUAAGGAGAGCGCCGGACAAUACUAUUGGAGAGGAUACAGGAUAGAUUGAUUGAAGCUUAUACAAUUAUAGCUUUGUUUAUCAUUUAUUUUUCUCUUGAUUGAUCUGUUUAUUUAUUUUUUAAUUGAUUUAUCAGAGCCUUUACGAGUUUGACCACUUAGACGCGCACACACACACACACACCACUUCAUUCUGGAGGUCUUCCAUGUAUUGUUACUGCUUUUUCACUGUUAUAGCAGUUAUACUGAGGAAAUAUUGAUUGUUUCAGCAUAUUAACAGAUGCCUAUUUUUCAGAUUCAAAUGGAAAUGUUAUUCUUAUUCUGGGGAGUGGAUCAAAUACACAUCACAAUUAAGAUACAAUUAUUUUCCUUUUUUCUUUCUUUUACUCUGUGCAAUUUCAAAAUCCAGAGCUACAGAUAAGUACUUUCUGGGCAGAGCUCUUGAUAAUUUUUUAAAAGCCCAUCUGUACAGUAUUUUUGUAUUGUAAUAAAUGUAUUAUCUCUGGA